GAAGGCUCGUGGUAAUCCCAGCUCGGUAAAAAGCCGGUGUGUGCGCAGGAGAGAGUCAGUGCCGAGUCAGACACACUCAGAGGGAUCACUGGAAGUUUGUGCUUUGGAGAUGCCCGAUAAUCCACAAAACUUUCCCAUCACUUUGUUGCAUUUUGGAGGUUUGUGAAACCCAGAAGAGGAGACCUGCAGAUUGUUCCGCACACAGUUUAUCCUAACAUCCCCGGAUCCUCUGGGGGGAUUGUUCUCUUUAUAGCCUACACACUGUGCGCUCAGUCUUGUCAUGUCCUCCGGUGAUGCAUCGGAACAGAGUCGGCGGGUCAGCGUGCUGUCUUGGGAUCAGGUGCGGCGUUUGGACUCCAUCCUGGGGGAGAGCGUCCCGAUCCACGGCCGGGGGAACUUCCCCACACUGUCCGUGCAGCCCAGGCAGAUCGUCCAGGUGGUCAGGGCUCGACUGGAGGAGCGGGGCGUGGUGGUUUGUGACGUCAAGCUGAACGGCUCAGCUGCCAGCCACGUGCUCCACGAGGACAAUGGCCUUGGCUACAAAGACCUGGAUCUGAUCUUCGGCCUGAGUCUGACUGAUGACAAAACCUUCCGGCUGGUGAAGGACGUGGUGCUGGACUGCCUGGUGGAUUUCUUGCCUGAAGGCGUGUGCAGGGAGCGAAUCACAACCAUUGCUCUAAAGGAAGCGUACGUGCAGAAACUGGUGAAAGUUUGCAACGAUACGGACCGCUGGAGCCUCAUUUCGCUGUCCAACAACACUGGCAAGAAUGUGGAGCUGAAGUUUGUGGACUCCCUGAGAAGGCAGUUUGAGUUCAGCGUCGACUCCUUCCAGAUAACCCUGGACUCUCUGCUGCUCUUUGACCGCUGCUCGGAGACGGCCAUGUCUGAGACUUUCCACCCUACAGUGCAGGGGGAGAGCAUGUAUGGAGACUUCGAGGAAGCUCUGGGUCACCUUCACUCCAGGACUAUUGCCACCCGCAGCCCAGAAGAGAUCCGGGGCGGCGGGCUGCUCAAGUACUGCCACCUGCUGGUGCGUGGCUUCCGGCCAUCCUCAGAGACCCAUAUGAAACAGUUGCAGCGCUACAUGUGCUCGCGAUUCUUUAUCGACUUCCCCGACAUAAGCGUGCAGCAGCGUAAACUGGAGACAUAUCUGCAGAACCACUUCACAGGCAUGGAGCACAAGCGCUACGAGUGCUUGGUGACGCUGAGGCGAGUGGUGGACGAGAGCACUGUUUGUCUGAUGGGCCACGAGCGCAGACAGACGCUGGCACUUAUUUCCGCCCUGGCGCUGCGUGUAAUGGCCGAACAGAUAGCUAUCCCUGCUCUGGCCAACAUCACCUGCUACUACCAGCCCGCUCCCUAUGUCAGAGACGUCAACUUCAGCAAUUAUUAUGUGGCACAAGUGCAGCCACCCAUGGUUACAUGCAACUCUUAUCGAACGUGGCUGCCUUGCAGUUGAGCGAUCAAUUUUAGGAUGUGUGGCGAGCUUUCCGUUUUUACUUUACAUUGAUGUAAGCUGAGCAUUCAUUCGAGUGCUCUGUGCCUCUGUAGCAAUGUGGCUGUUUUUGGUUUGGGGCCCAUCAUGGACAAAAAGGAAUUAAUGUAUCUUUUUGUUGCUAAAUCUUAUAUCAAAACCAUUCCACUAAGUUAUAUUGAUUGAUACUGAUGUAAAAAAUAAAAAAUAAUAAUCUGAUUCGAGCCAUUAUAAUUAGAGUUUUUUAUUCUGUUGUUUUAUAACCAAUGUGGAAAUAAUAUGAAGGGUUGAUCUGUGACAGAGGAACUUUGCCAGUUCUGUUUCUUGUCUGAUAGAGGCUUGGAUUGGGUCUUUAAUGAAAUGUAAAUCAUUUGUACGAAACCAGAAAGUUUUCUGUUCUGUCUGUGGUUUCCGUUGAGCUGAUUGGAAGGGCAAAAGGACCAAAGAAAAACUUUCUUGUGUAGCAUGACAAACGUGGUUCCAAGUGCCUGAAACUGACCAACUAUCUUUAUAGUAUUUGGUCUGUAAGAAUUGUUUUUGAAACUUUUUCAUUCAGGUUACUUUAUAUUUCUAUAUCCAGGGUCAGGGUAUUUGUUUUUAAGUCAUUAAAAAAAUGUCAAAAAUGGAAA